CGGAAGGAAGGGUUAAAAGAAAAACGAUAUAGAAUGACACAGAGGACUUCGAAAGACAGACUAAGGAAGACGAGAGGGACAGAAAGAGACCUUAAAGAUGUCUGUGUGAGGGAAAUGGACACAGUUAAAUCCAGUAAUCCAUCAAAAGGACCAGAACUGAGCAAUGUCAUGGCCCCAGAGGAAACUGCCAGCAGUGACAAGAGUGACAGACAGCGGGAGGAGGAGAAAGAGGCAGACACAGACACCCCCGACGGACCUGUUGCAGUACCAUCAGUCGCUCAGAGGAGGGCACAAGAGAAACACAGAUACAACACUGUGGGCUACCAGAAAAAGAAGCAGAGGGCAGCUGUGGACUUUUCUACAGUGAGCAAGGGAACAUCUGCUGGGGUGAAGAGCAGAGGCGCAUUAAAGCAGGCACUUUUUAGCCAGGGAGUGUCUGACAAAAACGGAGCUUUAGAGGAACGACCAGGUGGUGCACAGGGACAGGUGGAUGCGCUGAAACAGGUUCUGGAUUUAUUCAGUCUACCUGAGGACCUGAGGUGGACUUGGGGGGAGGGAGGGACUGAAAAAGCACUCGAAAAGAGCUGGACAGACAUAGUGGACUCCCACGAGGCUAUGUCUAAAACCCAGCGACACCAGCAGGAGGCGCUGUGGGAGCUUAUUAAUACUGAGCUAACCUACAUCAACAAACUCACUAUUGCUAAAGAACUCGUGAUGGCAGCACUGUCACACUGUCACAGAAACGGAUUCCUUCAAGAAGUCAGCCCCACAAUGCUCUUUUCCAAUCUUCCCUCUAUCCUCGAUGCACAUCGACUCUUUUGGCAUGAAGUUAUGUAUCCAAUGUUACAAGAGGUCCGUCUCACUAGAAGACCCUUUGACCCUCUCAAACUCGAGGCAGGAUGUUUGCAGUUUCCUGAGCGUUUUCCUGCAUACUUUGAAUACUGUUUGGAAGAGGAGAGAAAUGUGGAUUUACGGAGACAGCUUGACACAAAUCCCCAGUUUCACACUUAUCUUACGUGGGUGGAGAAUCAUCCGCAGUGUGGGCGAAUGAGACUGGGCGACAUGCAGGCCAAACCACACCAGAGAAUCACCAAGUACCCUCUUCUGCUGAAAGCCGUUCAGAAGACCACAGAAGACCACCCCACCAAAAACACACUUGAAAGAAUGUUGUACAGUGUCAAUAAUUUCCUAGAGUCUAUUAAUGGCUAUUUGCAACUGAAAGAAGAUACUCUGGCCCUCUCUGUUGCUGCUCAAAGAAUAGAGGGAUGCAAAAUAGAAGGUCUGAGUGAAGAAAUAGACAAGUAUGUUCGUGAGUGCUGCUGCUUUGAUUUGAUGAGCCCAGUGAGGGGGGUGGGGCCAAAUGUCAUACGGAAGCAAUUAAUGGAAGAAACUUUGAAGGUCAGAUUAAGAAAGGACACCAAGGAGCUUGUGGUCCUGCUCUUCACUGAUGUGUUGCUGAUGACCAAAACGCAGAAGAAAUCGGACAAGCUGAAGGUAGUGCGCCCCCCUCUGGCUCUGGAGAGAAUACACUGCAUUGAGCUCAAAGAUGGAUAUUCGUUUGUGCUGGUGGAGGUUGGUGAUCUAGGUUGCGCCGUCAGUGUGAACUUCCUGUCCACACCCGGUCCAGACAGCUGCGCGUCAUGGCUGUCUGCUCUGCGUGAGACUCAAGCAGCUUUAGAGACCUUGAGGAAAAAUGAGACCAACAAAAUAAUGAAGACAACGAGCACGACGGAAUUGGGUGGUUCUGAGAAACUUCCCAUUCAGGACGAACUUUCUGACAAAGUUAUACAGGAUCCUGAUGGCCAGUCUGUAUCUGAUAGAUCUGAUAGUGAUUUUGACCCAGCUGAGGUGGUGAGGCUAUAUCCUUCCUAUAGGCGCAAGUCUGAGACAGAAAUGUUGAUUGGAGAAGAAGAAAGUAAAGUUUCAGAGGAUAGGAACUCUCCACUGCUGGGUCAGUCGAAUGAUCAGAGUCAGUCAGCUCGUGAAGAAGUUGCAGCUGGAUUAAAAACUGAAGAAGGAAGAAGUCAGUUUGAAGAUGAAGAGGCCCCAUCCCAAAAAGUAUCAGAAAGGCGAGUUACAUGGAAACAUGGACGACAUUCAUCUGUAAAUUCUUAUGAUGUUACACAACAACACUUACAUGUGAAAAACCAGCCGAAUGGAUCAUACUUGUUGAUGCCAGGUGGCGAUGUGGAGAAAAAUAGCACUUCAAUCCAAUCCCUGCCAAGCACUUACACAUCAAACAAGCUUCCAAUAACUGCGUCAACGUAUGGGGCAGGUGCAGAAACAGGAGAACCAAUGCAUCAAGAUCCAGAAGAUGACUCUGAAGAAAUUAGGAGGAACUCUUUGUACAGUCAGUCAGGAGAAGAUGAUGGGUUCCUCACAGAAUCAGGGAGGUUCUCCAGGAAACUAAAGUCUCCUCGCCUUCGAAGGAAACGCCUGAAUAAUUUGCAACCAUCUGUUCCCUCAGAUAUUUCUAGAACAGAUGUGAAUGGAUCGGAAUUUCCUCCCAAUGCAAACUUUAGUGGAAACCAGAGAAGAGGAUCCAACCCUACGAACGGUUUAGAACUUACCUCCAAUGCAAACUCCAGUGAAAACCAAAGAAGAGCAUCCAACCCUUGCAUUAAACCCCAGGAUUCCCACCGAGUGCUAAAGCUGGGAUCUCUAAAAAACAACCAUGGUACGUUAUGGAACGUUCCUGAAAAAAGACCCUCUGACCCUCAGACGAGUGAAAAUGAACCAGUGAAAAUGAAACCAAUCAAACUGAAGACGCAGAGGAGCGCCUCCAUCCCGGAGAUAAGCUCCUCUCAGAGUUCUCAACUACCUUCUCACAGACGCAGCCCCUCGCCCCCACCAGGCCUGGACCCCCAGCUUCACCCUUCUCCUCUCCAGGACCUGCUGCAGAGGGCGAAGGAACGAGAUCGAGGACUGGGAAAAAGAGAGGCAAAGAAAAAAACUUUAUCUCUACAAAGUUCUCCUACUGUUUCCCACACUCCUUCGCCGUCAAUCAGUGAAGGAGAGAGAGAGGCAGAGAGAGAAGAAUCAUCAGUAGCUACUAUGAUAUCUGCUCGCGGAUGGAGAGAGGGGAACGUGGAUGGAAGUGAGGAUGAGAUGAAAGAGAGUAAUAAAGAAGGCAUCAGUGUGGACUGGCCAGGCUGGUGUUUUGAUGAUGAGGAGGUGUUUGACUUCGAGGACUUUGAAGAUGAAGACUGGUUUGACAGGAAGCUGCACACAAAUGAGCCCCGGAGGUCAGAGAAGAAAUCAUCAGAGGAAACUGAAUGUAGUGAGGUGUAGUCUAUUAAAUGUGUAAAAAAAAAAUAAAAAUGUUUGGAGAAAUGUAAUGUAUAAAGUUCUGUUGUGUUGUUUAGUUAUUAUGUAGCAUGACUAUUAUAUAAAUAUAUUUGAGUGAUACAUACAGCCAGCACAUGUUUUUUUUUAUGAAAGAUGGAUUGUAUAUUGUUAUUAUAAUAUUUACUUAAAUGUAUCUGUGUACAGAUUGUUGUCUCUGUAUAGCGAUACCUGUUUAUAAUAUUUACUGUGCACAAGAAAUUAAAAUAAAUGAAUACAUGAGAAAUGUAAAAAA